AUGCGCUUCUCCUUUCACGUCGUCGCCCUUGGGCUUGUCACCUUACUGUCGUUGGUCAGGGCGGCUCCCUUCAGUGCCGUGUCCGUGGUACAGGUCAUUGGUCGAUUCACGACCAUCACGGCUUCGGUCUUCGCCGAGCCGACAAGCGUGUCGAGCUCGACGGUGGGGUGUGUGGCGGACACUGGUACUCGUCAUGCAGAGCCAACGGCAACGCUGGUCGCAAGGGAGGAGAGCGCCACACAUACGCCCAGCCCUGUGUUAAAUGAGGACUCCAGCCCUCAUCCGCUUGGGCGUCCGGACCUGGUCGUUCCCACAUUGGUAACGGCGACGUCCACGGCGCCUGCGGAGGACGUGGCUCCGACUUCCUACAGCUGGUGCAGCCGGUGCGGUCUCGGCCCUGUCAUGAUGAGUGCUGCGGUGCCAGCUACUUUGGCAACAACCUCGGUGUCGGCACAGGAAACCUACACGAACGCACUUGGCGAGGACGAUGUCGACGACGUCUUCCCGAGCCACAGCGCCAACCACACAUUCGCCAUCAGAGACGUCGCCGCACAGAUGUCCUAUUCAAAAGGACCGCCAGACGAGGGCGUCCGACGGUGUCCACACGGCCAACACGCGGUGCUGAAGCCAGGCCAGGGCGAGUUUAAGUCCAACGGUUGCGGGAUCGGCCUCUUUGCAGAUCCUCCUCCUGGAAGUGGAAAGUUUGGACAGUGCUGCAUCGAGCACGGCAAGUGUGUUGGCUUGAGAUUAUCUGCGGAUGCGCAGGAACGUCGAUAUGAAGACCAGGGAACGGCGAGUCAGACUUCUAGGGCUGCGUCCACAUGCUUUGGGUUCGCCGACAAGACGCCUGAAAUCUCUGGCCAUCUGAGCGAAACAGGUAGCAGCUUUUCAGCUUUAAACUUCGCGACUAACGUUGAUCUAUCGGCGGGGGCUUCUAUACCCUCGGAUCUGCUCCCCGCAGAGCCACUGAACUCUUGGUCGCUCUGGUCUCAAGUUCUCGAGCUGUGGGCCGUCUACAGAAGCCACAUUGACCCCGUCGUUAAGCUAAUCCAUUGUCCGUCCUUUUCAGAACACAUUCUCCGUGCAGCAUCCGACUCUUGGGCGGCCGAUUGUAGCCUGCGGGCGCUUGUUUUCAGCAUUUGCUAUGCUGCGGUCGAUGUUCUUUCCCCGGGCGAGGUCGAAAGUCGAUUCCGGCAGAAAAAGGCCGUUCUCGCGUCCCUGUACAUGCAAAGGAUGCAUCAAGCCUUGGAACAGGCGGCAUCCCUCCACAGGUCCUCUUUAUAUGUCCUGCAAGCCCUUGUUCUUCACACAAUCUGCCUUUUGCGGCGGUCUGGGGACGAUGUGCGAGUGGGCACGGCUCUGCUUGAUCGGGCCGUCUCAGAAGCGCGCCUCUUGCUCCCAGACAGUGGUGACAGCCGCCGCGACGACCUAUCUCUUCUUGAAAUGCAGCUCUGGCGUCGCUGUUGGUGGACGCUAUACGUUCUCGAUUACCACAGGGCCCUAAAACACGGCCAUGCUCCAAGUACUAUCUUCCACUCCCAGCAGGUUGCGCUACCAUUAAACCUGAAUGACAUCGACCUAAACCCCACCAUGCGACAGCUUCCGGUCCCCAGGAAAUCAAUCACUGAGAUGUCAUAUUUGCAUCUUGUCGUUGAAUUGACGAGGCUUGACGCUACAUUGCGAUAUUUCAAGACCGGGGAGCCGGGAUCCAACCAUGACCAAACCCUCGGAUCCACUAUCAACGAACAGGUGCGAGAGGUGGAAGUUAAUAUCAUACGGCAUUGCGAGACUUCUCGCCCGUUUGACUGGCUCACGUUAUUAACUGCGAAAGCAAUGCUGAAUCCGAUCGAGAUUCAGCUGCUUGAAUUGGGACAAGAGACUUAUACGAUCGACAAGUCCCUAAGCUGUGCCGCCCGGGUCGAUCUCUCUGAGAGGACCUUCUCACUCGGCCUUGACGUGGUGGAGUGCUGGUAUAUUUUGAAAACUAACCCAGAUCUGACAUCGUGGAGUUGGUACACUGACACUUUCGGGCGCGAAUACGAUGCGGGUUACAUCACGUCAGAACUGGCUCGUCGACCAGAGUCAGAGCAACGGGCACGCGCCCAGAUCCUGCUCGAGCUUGAGUGCAACAGGAAAGGCUACGCAUGA